AUGCUGGGCUCUCAGCGACUGGGACAACAGCAUCCGCUCCGGCAGCAACAACUCGAGGCAGCAGCAACAGCACGAAUGAUACUGCUCUGCGCGUGCAGAAGCGGCAGAAGUAGCAGCGCCAAUACAAGCAGCUGCCGCAGCGCCGGCCCUCACUCGCUCCUAACGCCCAAAAUGAAGGCACCAACAGAGGAAGCACCAGCAGAAUUACUGCGACUUACUGCAACAGCAGCAAAAAACCAAACAUCUGCAACUUCACGACCCACAAGAACAGCAGCAUCGACUGCUCAAACAGUACAACCAGAAAAAAGCAGCAGCAGCGAAAGCAUAGACAAAGGCAGCAACAGUAACAGAAGCGCUGACGCAAAUAGCAGCAGAAGUGCUAGCAAUGCCAGCAGGUGGAAUACCAGCAUCGACAGCAACUGUAACACAAAACACCAGCACAAGUAUUCACAGCAACGCCAACAUAACAAGUAA